AUGGCAGAGGUGGCCCCCACUGGUGUGCGAACCGAGCACAGCAUGGCGGGCCAGCGCGUGCGGUCAGAGCACAAUGGCAGAGGUCCCCACAUCAGCGCAGUGGGCUGGUGGGCACGCGAUUGGAGCACAGCCGUGUGGGGUGUGGCGGCUGGAGGCAGUCAGGUCUAUUACAAUGAUCCCAACAUCCCGAACCUUUGGAUGUGUGGGGAAGUUGGACCCUGCCUGCAGUCCUAUGUCUCUGGGAGACAAGGAGGUGGUGGGGCCUGUGCCCCGCAACCAGAAAUUAUGAUGCUGGUGAGGGAGAUGCCCCCCACAAGUGGCCCUUCAGCGGUUCCCAUCUCUGCCGUCUCCUAUUCUGCGAUUGCUCAGUGCACCUUGAGAACAAGCCGUCAAGCGAUGGCAGAUUCUCAGGGCUUGGAUGCUAACCUGACACUGGAAACAUCCCUGGGAAUGCUAACUGAAAGCCAGACAUUCUGCCUGCCACAAACGUCACAACUUGCCAAAUCGUGCACAUUGGAGAGUAAGCCAGCAUCUGAGUGUUGGGACAUUUCCGAAUCUCCAGUUCAAAGCCCUUCUCGCUUCCUGGCCUUGCCUCCUGCUCCACGUGCUAAACAAGCAGACAAUGCGAUUUUGGAGGCUAUUCCAACUGAGAUCGCACAACCUCUGGGUGCCUACCAGACUUCAAAAGAUGAGCAAGAAGAUCCUGUCCUCCUCCCGUUACAAAUGCCCAAUACCUGUGACAUCCGUUCCCCCACUGAAUCGGUGAGCCCAGGGAACACUCCUGGUUCCCAAAAUGCCCACUUGGGAGAGAGCUGCCAAAGUUUCAAGGACGAGUGGGCACUGGAGGGAGGACUGGAAUCUAACAGAGGUUCUGAAGACCUGAGAAUUCUGGGGGAAGAUGUCUGGCUUGCCCAGCCCUUCAGCCCUGUGACCGAUACUGACUUUCCAGCACCAACUAAGCCCCAAAUUCCAGGAAGCACAGAGGCGAGUGAGGUGCAGGUGAGCAGCACUGUCAUGGAGGGCCCCCCGCGUCUAGAGAGGGAGGAAAAGGAGAAAGUGUCUGACUUAGGGGACGAAGCUCCCAAGGCCGAAUUGCAGCGCCAGGACCCAGAAGGCCAGGCGGAUGGAGAGGAGGGAGAGGUGCUUGUUGGCAGUGCUACAGCCAGUGACAGGGCUCCCGACAUCACAGCCCAGCAUUCCCUCCACAGAGCUCAGAAAGCCACACCCGGCAGGGGCAAGGCGAGAGCAGAAGAGAAGCCGCCCAUCCCCAGGGCCAAGAGGAGGAAGGGCCAUCCACCUGAGCUCUGCCAAGAGUUCUUUAAAAAGCCUCGCAGCUCCCUGGGCAUGCACAUGCUGGAGUCAGUGCAGGUCUUCCACGCCCUGGGGAAGAAGAUGGAGCCGAAAACAGGGCUCUCUUCCUGCCGGGCUCUGGGCAACAUACGCUGCAAUACAGAGCCCAAACCAUCCCCAGGCCUUCAAUCCAGGCUGCGGAACCCCUGCCAGGAGACAGGAACUGAGCAAAUCCAACGCAAAGGCCAGAAACCAGAGGGCAGUGUUGGCACAGAGCGGCGUUCUCCCUCCCAGUGUGAGCUGCCCCCACCUGGGAAGGUCAAGUUAGUGCCUUUGCCCUUUCUUAGCAUGGACAAGCCCCAAGCUCGCCUUGCUCCUAGGAGGCCACACUCCCUGGCUUCACAGAGGGCCCCGGCACCUGACCCUGCCAGGCCUCCAUCGAACCCUGCUCAGCCGCCUGCAGUCAAGCCAUCACAAGCAGCUCCUGCCAGCACAACUUUCACUGCUGGGCCAGUUUCCAGCAGUCUCCCCAGACUAGGCUUCAACCACCCUACCCAGCAUGGGGUCUCUCAGUCUGUUGCCUGUAGGCCAGCUCCCUACAAGAUCUCAUCCUGCACUUCUCUGCACAAGGAGCCUGUUUCCAUGGCACCGACCAAGGUCCACUCACUUCCCAACACCAACACCCAGUAUCUCUUGGAAGACUUCAGCCGCCAGCCAAUACCAUGGAGGAAAGUCGAUUUUCCAGGGCCAGUUGAGUCCACCCCCAUCACAGAUGAGCAGAGGCCAGAGCGCGAGGCCAUGAAGAGGAGGGCUCAGCGGGAGCGUGAGAGGGCGGCCAUGUACACUGCCCUGGGCAAAGUUCAGUACUUUGUUCAGAGGGGGGACAUGGAAAUUUCUGAAUAUUAUGGGUAUAUGAUCUAA